CCGGCCGGGAGGCGGAGUCGGCCGGGGAGCGGCAGCGCCGAGAACACGGCGGCCGGUGACGCGCCGGGCCCGGCCCGGGUCCCGCUGGACGUCAUGUCGCGGGCCGUGGCCGCGCGCAACAAACACGUGCCGGCGGACAAGAUCAACCUGCGGCUGAUCCUGGUGAGCGGCCAGAGCCGGGAGUACCUGUUCGACAGCUCGGACUCGGCCGGCGACAUCGCACAGUUCGUGUUCGACACGUGGCCCGAGGAAUGGAGUGAGGAGGCGGUGAGCCAGGCCGAGGUGCUGCGGCUGAUCUACCAGGGCCGCUUCCUGCACAACAACGUGACGCUGGCCGCGCUGGGCCUGCCGCUCGGCAAGACCACCGUCAUGCACCUGGUGCCGCGCGAGAGUCUGCCCGAGCCCAAUUCACAGGACGAGCACCAGAAGAGCAAGGCGGGUUCCCGCGGCUGCUGCUCGUCGCCCUGCGUGCUAUCGUAGCCGUCCUGGCUCCCGCCGCUCUCGGCGUGCGGUGCGGCUCCUGUCCGGCUCCUGACCCGCACCGAGCUCCGGUCGCGCCCGAGGGACGACGCCGGUGCCGAAGACGGCCGCGGAGCACGGCGCCGGCUGCCGGCGGGGGGCCUCGGACCGCGGCGCGUGAGAAGGGACUGCCGCCGGGGUCCGCCGGCGCCGCGUGCGCCGCGGGUGUGAGGACCGGUGCGAGUGUGCCGGCGGACGCGGUGGCGGCGGGCCGCAGGAGCGCACCGGGCGCUGCCGCCGCCAGAGGGGUGGCGGCCACUCGCCAGCGGGGCAAAGGCGCGGAUGUUGCGUGCUUCUCAGCAGGCCCCGCACGGAGGUUCAUUCCCAUGAUGUGUUGUGUAGCGUGACCGAAGUGUGCGUUUUGGUGUUGCGUGCUUGCGUUCGCACCUCCUUUUCUUUUAACCUAGUGCGCUGCCGGCGUCGAACGAGUCUACGACGGACAAGGAUCGGCUGGUGGAUCUAGGCGCGCGCGCCGACAUUCCACGGUGUGAACGCACCUAGAAGCUCGUUGGCUGUCCCGCCAUCUGUGAUCUUGAAUGGGAACUUGUAGUUAGUAGAUCGCUGGCUAGUGUUUACAGGUGUGCUUGCCUAGCCUUUCGGGCACGGACGGUGUUUUAAAUUUACGUAGCGUUGUUCAAUUGCCGGUGAAUGUGCUGCCUGAUGUGCGAAUCCCAUCGUUAAAAGUUCCUUUUUGAGAAUGCUGGGCUCUGAGAUCCGAUCAUGACGCCCUGGAUGGUUUGUGAGGUGUUCUUUCAGUGAGCAUUGUCUUGUUAUUCAGCUCACAUACGAUGAUAGCAUAACCUCUCGAAUCUGUCCAAAUAUGCCUGUGUCUAUUGCUAGCCAGUGCUUUCUCACUGUACGUUAGAUUGCUGGUCGGUAUCCACCAGCGGUGCAUGGCGUCCCCAUGUACUGCGGUGUGCCGCGUCCGUGAGGCUGACAAGUUUCCCCUUGUGAUGAUCUGAGGCCACCUCAUUUUCGGCAUGUGGGGGCCUGAGACCACCGCGUUCCCGUCAUGUGGGGAUCUGAGGCCGGUGCGCUGUCUGAGGGCGUGCGUUUCCAUCGAGCGGCGACGCAAGCUCCGCCCGCUCCCGUCAUGUGUGAGCACCGCUCGUGGCCUGAGACGCCAUGUCGCCACGUGACGGUGAUCUGCGGCGCGUCCGGUCCCAUGUUGUGGUGAACCCCGGCACUCCCACCUGAGGCGGGCGGCCGCCGCCGUCCAGAGCGCCCCCCUGCGGUGGCCGGCGGGCCGCGGCGCAGCCCGUGCAUGGCCAUGCUCGAAUACUCAGCUGACGCGCCGACUGUGGAGGGCCGCGCCGCCAGGGCGCCGACCGAGCAGCGCCCGCGCGUCGCAGUCUCGGAGGCUCCGCGUUCGCUUUUAAGGUUUGUUGUUUGAGCGAGGUGAUAGGCGUAAAUAGACUUAUUGUACCGUG